UUUUUAAAGAGUCUCUUUCUUUGCCCGGGUAGUCAGUACAUAGCUGUGGAAGGCAGGGACUUACGGGUCUUCCCCAGCAUGUGAGAACAUUUGUGGGCUACCUUUCCUUACACUGUAUCAUAAAUGUCUUUAUUACAACCCAAAGGCAAGGAUAGGUGAUGCUUUUUUAAGACCACACACACACAAAGAUCAGAUCCCACGUGCGCUAAACGGUUCCUAGCCAUCUGUCAAACAGCCUACAUGCAGCGCGCCUGCGCCUUGCCGAAGCUUCCAUGGUUGAUGUCCACAGUGGGAGCAUUUUUACUCCACACGCGAAUCAAUAGCCAACAACGCCCGCUCUUCUGCUCAUCCUGAUUGGCUUACCCUUCCCUCCCUCGCCGUACAAGAUGACGUCAGCAUCCCAGGCCUCCCUCUCAAGCUUCUCUGCGCUUGCGUAGUCAAGGAGUUUCCGGUCUCAGGAAAGCGCGUGCGCGCUGGCGGUUUGUGAGGGGGCGGGGGGGGAGAGCUAGCUGUCACGGUGGGCGCCGCCACCGCCCGUCCUUCCGUUUGCCGUUGCUGUGGCAGCCGGGGCCUUCCGAGGCCUUGGCUACGAAGCCCUCAGGCGCCACGGAGGCUCCGGGGAAUACGAGCGGCAGCUCGGCCGCCUUUUCCUCGUCCUCUUCCCCGUCCCCAUCCCCGCCGCAGUCGCUCACGCUGCUGGUGAUGCAGCCCUGCGGCGGGGACGGGGAGCCGGUGGGCGCCGCCAUGCUGCAGCCUCAGGUGAUCCAGCCGACGCCCGGGGUGGCCUCGGAGGCGGCGCCCUCGGCGCAGAGCAGCUUCAUGGUCUUCUGCGACCUGGUCCCCGCCGCUGAGGUGGAAGGCGAAGGCGGAGCGGGUGAGGGCGGCGGCAGCCCCGGAGGCGGGGGCGGCGGGGGCCUGGAGGACCUCGACGACGAGGACGAGAGCGGCGCCCAGUCGGGGGGCGGGGGCGGCGACGGGUGCAAGAGCUGCACCUACCAGGGCUGCAGCGAGACCACCACGCAGGUGGCCAAGCAGCGCAAGCCGUGGAUGUGCAAGAGGCACCGCAACAAGAUGUACAAGGAUAAGUACAAGCGCAAGAAGAGCGACCAGGCCCUGGGAACUGGCGGCGCAGCAGGAGGAGGAGGAGGAGGAAGCAGCGCAGGUGGUGGUGGUGGCGGCGGCGGCGGCGGCGGCGGCAUCGGCAUCCCGGCCUCUGUGGCUCCCGGAGCAGCGCAGUCCGGAGGAAGCGUCCCUGGAAGCGGCGGCCGGGUUGAGGAUUGCACUGAAGGUUCCAUAUCUGUAUCAAAGCAAAGAACAGGCAACAUUGGAGAUCGGCCAGCAAAACCUACACUUUUGGAACAAGUGUUAAACCAUAAAAGACAGUCACUCCUGAGAAGUCCUGAAGUAGUACACUUUCUUCAAAAACGACAGCAGCUGCUAAGUCAACAAGCUAUGGAGCAAAGGCAGCAACAUUUUUCAGGAGCUCCGGUGUGAUGGCAGCAUAGCUAAAAAACAAUUUUGUUUCAUGUCAGAACAUUGGAUGAGGAAAACAUUUGGAUAAGACUUUAAAAGAAAUCAGGAAACCUGGAAGAAUCAGUUUGCCUUUUUUCAGAAAUGGUGUUUGGCUUGUAUUUCUUUGAAAUUAUUUUUAUUAGCUUUAUUCAUCUUUCUUGCUCCAGGGAAAUCUUCCAUUAAUUUUUGGGAAGCUUCAUCAAACCUCUGGAGACAGAAAGAAGUUACUAGAUCAAGUUGAAAUCAGAUUAACUGUUUAAAUGUUCUGCGGUGUGAAGUUUUACUAUUAUGCACAAAUUAUUCUUUGAUGACAGUUAUUGAAGGAUAGCAAUACUUACUUUCUGUGAAAGUUUUAAGUUGUAAACCUUGAGCCAAUCUGCUAGCCUAUGUUGCUCAGGGAUACAGAAGACAGAGUGCUGGGCGUACAGCUUUGCAGAGGAAGCUCAGCAGUGUUUAGCCAGCUGUUCCAGCAUUGCUGCUAAAAGGUGUCCCGCUGGCCAAUGUAGUUGAUCGGUUUCUAUACUACAUUAUAAAGUAAUGUGUCUAAAGUUGGUAUUAAUUUCAUAUACAUUUUAUAAACAUUAUUAAAUAUUAAGUGUGGAUAUUUCACUAUAUUACUGGCAUAAUUCAUCUUUAUGCUUAUUUAUAUUAAUUUUAUAUUUUAAAUGAAUUAUUUGUACUGAUAAGCAUAAUAGUUCAUACAAGGAUAUAUGAACAUAUCAUUUUUGUAAUUUUGUAAUUUUGAAGUUAUUUCUAAACAUGUUUGGGAUUUUUAAUAACCUUUUUGGAAAAUGUUUAAUUUAACUUUUAUACACCAAACUUUUUAAAUAUUUCUCAAUUGUUGAUAUUGUGUUUGAUCCAAAUUUAGUUAUAUUUAAGAGUAGACCAUCUGAAAUAAUGGGACUUGAAUUAGCCAUCACUAAGGUCCUGUUGAUUUCACCGGGUUUCUCUGAAUAAGAUUGGAUCCUAAAAUAGGUGUCUUAUUCUGUCUUAGUAUUGUCCUGGCUAAUUGUGCAUUAGCAGAAAUGAGCCUUCUUUUAGUUCUCGACUGCCUUUUAGGUGAAAAAAAGAAAAAAACCCUGAAUUGUAAUAAGGGAUGCAGAUUUAAAAUCUACAUGGUGCUUCUCUGUUCUUAUUGUUUCAUAUAUAUGUAUGUAAAAUGUUUACAAUUUCGGUAACGUUUUUCAAUUUUGCAUGCAGAGAAUAGUUAAAUAUAACUGUUCACAGCAACUUUCUACAUCCUUUCUUCCCAUACUUUUUUGUCGUGUGUCCUUCUGUAUGGCAGAUAUGAGUGAAGCUUCAGUACAUUUUGCCAGACUGUAUCACCUUGCUGCUGCAGGUGGAUCCAGUAUCUUAAAAUUUACAGAGUACAAAUCUCAGGUGUUCAGAAAUAGUAGCUCAUAGUCUGAAGUCAUACUGUACAAGUAUAGUUACUGUGUACUGUGUGAAAAUUGCUGGCCACACACGCUUUGCAAUUACCUUGUUUGUGACAGGUGUCAGAUGUGAAAUGAAAGUAACUUUUGAGCAAAGAAGCUUGUAAGUUGAUUUAUUGUUGAAGGAGCUACCUACAAGCAGCUGUGCAGCUGACAAAGGACAGAUUUUGCUGGAAGGCAAGUAGGAGACUAUGACAAGAUACUUUUGAAGUAUACACCAGUGAAAACAGUAGUAGAAAAGAUGCUUGGUAUAGGUUUGAAAUGUCUCUCAGAAAUGUGUAUUCAUAGUUAUAGUGGUGUGUCAUGUUCCAGAUGUGUGGUUCUUUUAUAUAGAUACCCUUACAUAAAAUGUCUUCACCCAGUGACAUAAAAAGUAAUACAUGCAUAGAGCAUAAGCAGAUUUUCAUUAUACAGUAGUUCCAAAGCUUUGUUUAGAAAAAUUGUUUCCUUCACUGCAUUUGAUUUUGGUUGUUUGGAGCUAGUCCACGUUUCCUUCACUGCAUUUGAUUUUGGUUGUUUGGAGCUGGUCCUGCUCUAAUCCUGCUGUUUACCAUUUAUUUAGUUUGUUAUUCCUUUCCCAGCUGAAGCAGCAUGUGUUUAGAAAUCUGCCAAGUCUAGAAAUGAAAACAAGCAGACCUCUGAGGUACCUGUUUAUUGAACAACUUUAUUAGCAGCCAAGACAAGACAUGAACACAGUUACAAUAGAGGUAAAGUGAAUUCUAGCUGAGGAAGUUUGUUCAUAGUGGCAUCUUCAAAAUUAUUAAAUAGCCUUUAAACAGGAAGCUAUGUAGAUAACAUAAACAUAUAUGUUAUUCAUCCAGUCUGGUUUAUGGUGGUUGUUAAAAUGAUUAGUAUGGUGUCAUUUUUCCCAUUGUCUGAUGCAUAGACAUAUUUAUUAGGUGAUCUGCAGUGUACCAUUAAUACCUUCCACAAGAACCAUUUCAGAACAUUUAUUCUAGCAUCUCCACUCUAGCUAUUUUAGUGGGGAAAGAAAGUAUUUCUUCUUCCAAAGAACAAAUUGUAUUUUCCAUGGUUUUCCAGCUACUAUUUCCCAUUCAAUUUGGCUAUGACCAGAACUUAAAAGUCACAUGCAGAGAUGUAGACUGCGAUUAGAUAUGGAAUAUUGGCAUAGUUCACUCAAGAAGGUCUCCCUCUUCUCAGUAUGAAAAAGUAAAUAUAGUAACAUGUAGUUAUCACUGCCAAAUAUUCUAGAACCAUAUCUGCCAAUACUUACAAAAUACUUCUUGCAAUUCAUUAUUCACAGACAGAAUGAACUGAAAUCUGAUGUGUUAUUCUUCAAAAAAGCUUUUAUUAAACAUUCUGAUGCGCUGUGAGUGAAUUUCUACAAGGAAAAUGCUUUGUUACAGACAGUAUAAAUGAAUUUUAGAAUGCAAAGGAGGGAGAUUUUAAUAAGUUUCUAUGCAACUUAGAUGAAUUUAUUUACAGUUUGUGACUGCUUUAAUUUCAUUUCAAAAGCAGAACCAGCAAGGUGGACAUGACUCUGCACACAAAGUAUUAACAAAUAACUGUCUAGAUUAACGUAGAAAAUAGAAGCAUCACCAAAUUCUUAAGACAGAUUAACAUCUAGAUUUCUGGCAUUCUAAAACAGUGAUGUAUACAACAUUUGACAGUGGAAUGGUUAUUUACAUUUGGAGGAAACAAACACACAAGCCACUGUUGCAGUUCCUGUGUUAUUGGCUUCCUUGUCAGUGAUAAUAGCCUCUCAGAUUGCUUUAUUUCAGUAUAAGGAGGAGUGCAUGCCUGGACAGAAGCCUGCCUGUACUUUACGUGAUGAAAGAUUAUGCAAACAUGUAUUUUUCCUUUCUCCUUUACUCUGUUUAGAGACAAGGACUAUAGAAAAUCAUUCUUCUGUUGGGAUGAUAAGAUGACUGAAGGAUGAGAACCUCUACCACUGUUUAAUCCAAUACAAUCUUUACAGGAAUUGGCUUUAUUUUUCCUUAGGCUAUGUAGACUAAGUAUCCAUUUAAAAUAAACUGAAAUGCAUAAUGACAAGCCUGUG